AAUACCCACAAGUUUUUCAACAUAGAUCCAGACAUAUAGGAAUCCUAACAUGGUGCAGAAAUCCCAGAAACUUUUGUCCUUAGCUCAACAGCUUCGUCUCUAUAAACCUCAGUAUUCUCUAACCGAAGAACAUCCUCAACAACGUGUUCCAAAAGAAGGAACAAAUUCAGUCUCCCAGAGUUUGAACUCCACUGCCGAAUCUGCAGGAAUCAACAACAGAGCAGCAGUUCUUGUUUGUAUCUUCGAAGGAAAUGAUAGCGAUCUGCGUGUAUUCCUCACAAAGCGCUCCUCAUCACUGUCUUCUCACUCUGGUGAGGUUGCUUUGCCGGGUGGCAAAAGAGAGGAUGGCGAUGCUGAUGAUAUAGAGACUGCCCUGAGGGAGGCUCAGGAGGAGAUUGGCUUAGAUCCUGCUCUUGUUGAUGUUGUUGCUGUUCUUGAACCAUUUGUGACUUUGAGUGGCAUAGCAGUAGUCCCUGUGGUGGGAAUACUAUUUGACAAGAAAGCUUUCGUUCCAUCGCCAAACGCCAAUGAAGUAGAAGCAAUCUUUGAUGUUCCCGUAGAAAUGUUUCUCAAGGAUGAGAACCACAGGACAGAAAAGAAACAGUGGUUGGGAUACAAGUAUUCACUCCAUUACUUUGACUAUCAAACAGGGAGCCAAAGGUUUGUGAUUUGGGCUUUAACGGCUGGAAUCAUGAUUAGAGUUGCAUCAAUUGUCUAUCAACGACCACCUACAUUUUUAGAGCAGAGGCCCCCAUUUUGGGGUGGAGUUUCUCAAAGAGAUAUCCCAAAGCUUUAGAUUUUAUUAAUUGUCAUUUAUGAGAAAAAUCUUACUUGUACCAUAAAUUUAAAUACUGAAGCUCCUUAGCCAGUGUUACAAAUUUGAUAGCAAAACUGCAUUGAUAUUUUGCUUUUUA